AUGAGCCACUCGCAAAAAUCGCCCGGUGACGGCACUCUCAACCCGCCCGUCGCCAACGGACAGCUAGCCACUCCCUCGCUAUCCCCCAUCAGCGAGCAUGGCAAUGGCUUCCAGUCAUUCCCCGACAUCAAACGGGAUAUCGACAGUACCGUAGUGGAAGUAGAUGAAAAAGAUGAAAGCAAGACGUCCGCCGAUGAAGAUACCAGGCUCAGACGGCGCAGCAGCGAGACCAGGGCCUUGAAAUUAUCGCCUCAGCAAAUCCACGAUUUGACCACCUCUCCGGAUUCAUUACCCGUGCGAGCCGUGGAAGACUUGUCGCCUCUUCACGAGGACAUCGACCCCUUUGAAGAGUGGCAUGAGGCUCCCGCGACGAGCUCGAACUCUCUGGGCCCCCACAGCCUGCGACAGGCCGCUUCUACAUCUCCUCUGCAUGGACUCCCCAGUGUUGCUUCGACCCCUGCAGGGGCUCCCAGACCUGGCAGUACUGCUCGGUCAAUGUCGACGCCGCUCAUCCAAAGACGGGCAUCCUCAUCGAAGACUUCCAAGACGAAGCCGCAGCUCCCACAACUCAAAACCGAUGAGGCAGCGGCAAGUCGAUCAAAUGGAACUAUGAGGCCGUCGCCAGGUCACGGCAGAGAUCCGUCUCCCAUGCCAGCAAUCCUGCCAGUACCGCCUUUGUCUCUGCCAACUCAUUUGCGUCUGGAACUGUCAUCAGAUCGCCCUUCUGCGCUUUACAUCCACCGAUCAGCAGCCAGCGACUUUCCCUACGAAUCGUCCAAGGUCAAGUUUGAGCGACUACUGAAUUUCAUCCGUCUUCCGCCGCAGCUGGAACAUGUCCUCAUCUUUGGUGCUAUUGCAUGUCUUGAUACGUGGCUUUACACCUUUACCAUUCUACCACUGCGCUUCCUAAAUGCUGUCGCCAUUCUCGCCCAGUGGAUUGGCAGGAAUGCUACGCAAGAAGCUCACGACCUUGGGACUUUCGUUUACAAUGGACUGGGACGACUUUGGCAGAGACAACGUCACGGCUCAAUCUCCACCGCCGAACCACCAUCUUUGCCUCCAUCUGUACCAAGCAGCCGCAGAACAUCGUUAUCCGAGAGUGAGCCAUCGCGAAAGACAACCUUGGAUGCAAGCACCAAGUCCAACGGUCAUGCGGUCCCACCCUCGCCCAUCAGACCACGGCGAAAACACUCAUCUGGAUUCCGCCACCGCAGAACUCGGUCCACUCCAUCAGCCCUCCUCCCCAACCACAAAGCCGAUCUCCUCCAAGGCCUCCUCAUCAUCGCCAGCUGCACCGUCCUAAUGUGGUUCGAUGCCAGUCGAAUGUAUCACUCAAUCAGAGGACAAGCCGCCAUCAAACUAUACGUUAUCUACAACGUCCUUGAGGUUUUCGACCGCCUCUUCAGCGCCAUUGGGCAGGACGUUCUGGAAUGCCUCUUCUCCAAAGAGACCCUCGAGCGUGAUGCUGAUGGUAGGAGUAAAGUUCUCCGUCCGCUGUGGAUGUUUGGGCUCGCUCUACUCUACAACGUCAUCCACGCCACAGCCCUCUUCUACCAAGUUGUCACGCUCAACGUGGCUGUCAACUCGUACUCCAACGCACUGCUCACUCUCCUCAUGAGCAACCAAUUCGUCGAAAUCAAAGGCACAGUCUUCAAGAAAUUCGAAAAAGAGAACCUCUUUCAGCUCACCUGCGCCGACGUGGUCGAACGUUUCCAGCUCUGGCUCAUGCUCUCCAUCAUCGCCCUCCGCAACAUCGUCGAAGUCGGCGGUCUGAGCAUGAGCUUCAGCGGCGGAGACAACACGCCCAUAGACAGCUUCAUCAAUGCCACCUCCUCAAGCAUGCCCCUCGUCUCCGGCUACGUGAUCCCGCAAGCCUUCACCCUCCUCCCGAAAUGGACCGGCGAAGUACUCGGCCCCUUCCUCAUCGUCCUGGGCAGCGAAGCGCUCGUCGACUGGUGCAAACACGCCUACAUCACCAAAUUCAACAACGUCAAACCAGACAUCUACACCCGCUUCCUCGACGUCUUGGCGAAAGACUACUACACCCACGCUUUUGCAGACCAAAACCUCACCAAACGACUGGGCUUACCCGUCAUCCCGCUCAGCUGCCUCUUCAUCCGCGCCUGCAUGCAAACAUACCACAUGUUCCUCGCGACACACAUGCCUUUACCCAUCCCCUCGCCCGCAACAUCCAUCAUCGACACGGAAACCUCCUCCUCCUCCCCAGCCACAACCGCCGCCCUCGCCCACAUCGACACCCUCUUCCGCCGCGCCCUCGGCCGCUCCUCCUUCACAAACCCCUCCAACCCCAACGGCCAAUGGUGGUCGUGGUCCCUGGACGACAUAAUCGCCUUCUUAACAACCACCUCCAUCUUCCUAGCCGUCUACCUCCUCUUGCUCGCCUUCAAGCUCCUCCUUGGCAUGGGCCUCCUCUCCUGGGCGCGAAGCCGCUACGUAGGGAUGAAAGCUCGAGAGAACAUGGACACCGUCGUGCAAGGCGGGGAGAGAGUCGGUGGAUGGGGCACGGUUGAAGUCGGCGAGGAGAAGAGACGGUGGAUCUAUGAAGAUGAUCGAGACGGCUUGGAGAAAUUGAGGGAGAAGGAGCGGGAGAAGGAUAAAGGGAAGGGUGGUGGUGGGGGGAAGCUGGAAGGCGUGGAGAGAUACAGUAUGGUCGCCAAGAGGAUUUGGUAG